AUGGGCAAAUCGAAGAACGUGGUGAUCGUGGGCGCCGGCGCCGGCGGCAUUGCCAGCGCAGCUCGACUCGCCAAAGCAGGCUUCCGAGUGACAGUGUUGGAGAAGAAUGAUUUCACUGGUGGACGUUGCAGCUUGAUUUACGACGGCGGCUAUCGGUUCGACCAAGGACCCUCGCUGCUGCUCCUUCCCGACCUCUUUCGCGAAACGUUCACUGACCUCGACACGUCCCUCGAGUCGGAAGGAGUGACGUUGUUCAAAUGUGAGCCCAACUACAACGUCUGGUUUCGAGAUGGCGAGUGUGUCGAGCUAUCCACCGACACGUCGAAGAUGAAGAAGACAAUCGAGCGAUGGGAGGGCAAGGAGGGCUUCGAGCGAUACUUGGCUUGGAUGCGCGAGGCACACGUUCACUACGAGGCUAGCAUCACCCAUGUGUUGAGGAAGAACUUUUCCAACAUACUGGCCAUGGUCAGGCCCAGCUUUUUGCCAUACCUGCUCGCCCUGCAUCCUUUUGAAAGCAUAUGGAACCGCGCAUCACGGUAUUUCAUGACUGAGAGACUGAGACGAGCCUUCACUUUCGGAAGCAUGUACAUGGGUAUGAGCCCAUUUGAGGCCCCAGGAACGUACAGCCUCCUUCAAUAUACGGAACUGGCAGAAGGGAUAUGGUAUCCAGAGGGCGGAUUUCAUCGAGUCCUCGAUGCUCUGGUCAAGGUUGGCAAGCGUCUUGGUGCCGAGUUCAGACUCGCCUCGCCUGUGUCGCAGGUGAACAUUGAUAAAUACACGAAGCGGGCGACGGGAGUGACCCUCUCCACUGGAGAGAUCAUCGCUGCUGACAUUGUUCUCGUCAAUGCUGAUCUCGUCUACGCCUACAACGAGCUGUUACCUCCUUCACCGUCAGCCUCCUCGCUCUCGAAAAGGCCAGCGUCGUGCUCAAGUAUCUCGUUCUACUGGUCCAUGGACAAGGUCAUUCCAGAACUUUAUACACAUAACGUUUUCUUGGCAGAAGACUAUCAGGACAGUUUUGACGACAUAUUCAAGCGGCAGCAGAUUCCGAAGGAGCCCUCCUUUUACGUCAAUGUGCCUUCACGUGUCGAUCCCAGCGCCGCCCCAGCCGGCCGGGACGGUGUGGUUGUCCUUGUACCAUGCGGUCACCUCCUGGAGGGGGAAGCGGAUCGAGGCUUGGACCCCAAGAACACCCAAGAUUGGGAGGCAAUGAUAUCCAGGGCCCGAACCGCUGUCUUUGAGACAGUGCGCCUGCGCACAGGGGCUGACCUGGAAUCACAUGUGGUCCACGAGAUGGUGAACACGCCAGCGUCGUGGAAGGAAAGCUUCAAUCUCGACAAAGGAGCUAUCCUAGGACUCAGUCACUCUUUCUUCAAUGUCCUCAGCUUCAGGCCCGGCACGAAACACGAUGCAAUCAAUAACCUUUAUUUUGUUGGCGCAAGUACUCAUCCGGGCACCGGCGUGCCUAUUGUCCUUGCCGGCAGCAAAAUCACUACUGGACAGAUCCUUGACGACUUAGGUAUCAGCAAACCGUGGCUCGAGGGAGGUCAUAGGCGAAGGAUAGUAAGCGAUUUGGAUUGCCAGGGCGGGAAGCCUCUAGAUCUGGCACACACGGUGGCUUUAUCGCUUCUGGGACUGAUGGUGAUACUCUAUAUCGUCGUACUCAGAUAG